AUGAAGGCGAACGAUGACUUCAAUUCGUUCUACGCGGAAUUCUCCCGUCUUGCUCUGGAGUCGAAGCGCGACGAGGAGCUGCAGAAGGAUGAUCUACGUUGGUGGCUGGAGUACAAGGACGAGGUGACCAUGGAAGAAUUUGUUGACUCCUGUCGACGCGGGGCGAUCACCGUGACCCGCAUGCAACCCCCGAACCGCUUCAAAAAGUCGGAAUCAAGCACUCACCAGGCAGGUAGCAAGGGCUCCACCUCGAACACGCGAACAAGCACCACGCCCGCGGUCAAUCGUCGUGGUAAGACGAACACCACCUUCGCCGAGCGACAGGCCCUGCUAAAGGAAGGGAAAUGUUUCAACUGUAGGAAGGAGGGCCACCUCAGCCGCGACUGUCCGGAGGGAGAAUCGGAGGAUAAGAACAAGACGAAGGCAGCGGCUACCUCCGCUAAGAAACGAAGCCAGUCAACCCAACAACGCAUCCAGGAUGCUGAGUCCGAUUCCGCAUCUGAUUCGGGAAAAGACUAA